AUGGGUGGUCAUCUUGAUGAUGCAGAAGAAGAGAUGGAGAAACCGAUUAUAUCGAUAAGUUUUGGUAGUACAGCAGUAUUUUUGAUGGGUGCAGAGACUAGAGAUGUUCCACCAAUACCUAUAUUCAUUAGAAGUGGUGAUAUCGUUAUUAUGGGUGGUAGAUCACGUUAUUGUUAUCAUGGCGUUGCUAGAAUAGUAGAAGAUUCAUUCGAUGCCGGUCUUUUAGUUGACUCUAAAGAAGACGAUCAAUAUAGUUGGCAUGUACACUGGAUGAAAGAAAAGAAUAGACGUAUCAAUAUAAAUACAAGACAAGUAUUUAAAGUACCAAGACAAGGUGAAAAAACAACAUAA